CUUAAAGAGAGAAUCGCAUAUCAAUAUUAUGAAAAAACAAAUGUAAUAAUCAAUGAAUUAAAAAAUAUAAAUAUCAAAGUCUUUGUAGUUGUUAUAGACAAUUCUGUUGAACUGCCUCCACCUACUCUUCUAGAUAAUAAUCAAAUAGAUAUUAAUUUUGAAGAAAAUAAAGAAUUUGAUAGUAGUGAGUUUGAGAAAUCUGAUAAAAUUGAACCAAGACCUGAAGAAUAUGAGAAUCUUAUCACAAAUGAAGACCUUGAUGAAAUGUCUGAUUCUGAUUCUUUACAAGAAAAGUUUGAGAUAUUGGCAAAUGAAAUUGAAGAAUCUAUUGAUGCUAAUGAAGAAGAAAAAAAUGAAAUACUUUCUUCUGCUAUUCAAGAUAUCAUCUAUCUAGCAAUAGAUUUCUCUGCUAAAUAG